CCAGCACAUCACUACAGUCUCUGGCCUAUCUUCUCGACAUCAAGAACCGAAUAGCUUACAGCAAAACAUCACCGGAAUACAAAGAGGUCAAGCCUACAAGAGCAGAAAAGUACCAAUAAGAGCCUUGCCCUCAAGACAUCGCCGUCACCAUCUACAAGACAAGAUCUCUCAAGGAGCGAGACUUGCCUCUUCAGAACAAAGCAACCACCACACGAGACCAGCAACUAUCUCCACCACACAAGAACCACCAGAACAGCUCAAGGCUAUCAGAGGCACACAUCAUCACCCACAAUGUUCUCCGUCGGCAACGUCUCGCAGAACGCGGCCCGGGACUCUGCCGAGAUCCCCGAGGCGCUCGUCAAGGAGCUGGAGCAGCGCCUCAACAGCAUGCGCGACCCCCUGCUCCCGUACGACGAGGACAUCGAGUUCCACGACGCCAUCCGCGCCAUCGCCAUGAAGCAGUUCCACCACACCUACGGCGACGGCAGCAGCAGCAGUGGCGACAACAGCGAUGAUGAUGAUGAUGAUGAUGAUGAGGAUGACCUGAAGGGUGCCGCCGCCGUCAAGCACCACAGCCACGGCGGUCCCUCCUCGUCGGACGCUGGCGGCGAGCAGGACAAGAAGUCGUCGUCGACCCGCGCCCGAAUCAGGGGCUUCCUGAGGUCCAUCCAGGUGCAUCUGGGCAGCAGCGGCGGUGCCGGCGAGCAGGGCACGUCGGGCCAGUAGGGGUGGCUGUGACGACUGCCGACAGACAAGACAUGACAAAUCGAGCAAGAG